AUGCUGUCGCUUUCCUCCUUUGUCCAGAAGGCUUCGUCACUCAUUGACCCAGCCAACUUCAAUAUUCCCUCCCUCUCCUCGUCAGACAACGGUCCCUCCAAGGCUUCACUAUUCCGCCAACAGUUCCGCCUGCCUGAUUCCCAGAAUCCCCUGCAGGAGAUCACUGCCGAACUCAUCCUCCCUCUACCAAACUCGUCCGCAAACUCUGGAGACGAGACUCGCCGUGUUGACCGGGCUGGCAAUCGCUACACGGGCCGGCUGCACCUCAGCGAGCGGUUUAUCUCCUUCUCGACACAACCAACCAGCUUUCUGCCCUCGUCGACAUUGAGUGCUUCGACCAAUUGGACUGGACAGACACAUGGCACAGGACCUUCUGGCAAUGGCUUUACUUUGCCACUCUCCUGCAUCCGUCGCGUAGAACGGCUUCACAGUGCUCGCGAUGUGUUCUCCUUGGCAUUGACAACAUGGAACGGCUUGCUACACAAGCAGCAAGAGCCCCACUUCACCCCCCAGCGACUCAUUCUCCAGCUUGUCGGCAGCAGGCAGGCCUGCGAGCGGUUCUGCGAUUGUCUGAAGAAGGGCUUGCGGGAGGCCAUGAAGGAGGUUGAUAAUUUGCGAAGCGUUGUUACAGACUGCUACUCGGAAUACUUGCUUUCUGGUGCCAAAGCCAAGGCGCAAGAAGGGAAUGAGGGUGAAGGUCGACAACCCCCGGAUGCUGGGUUGGGCAUGCUCUUUCGCUAUCCUGGUGAUGCUCGAAAGCUUCGAGACCGAAGCAAGAUGAGACUCUGGGGAGAAUAUUUCCGCGAAAACGGCCGCAAUUCCACUCUUGUUCGACAACCCACAUUCCACAAACUGAUCCGAGUUGGUCUGCCAAAUCGGUUGCGAGGAGAGAUUUGGGAGCUCACGUCUGGCUCCAUGUUCCUUCGCAUUCGAUCGCCCAAGUUGUACGAGGAGACUUUAGCCAAAUUCCACGGCCAAGAGUCUCUUGCCAUCGACGAGAUUGAGAAAGACUUGAAUCGCAGUUUACCCGAGUACCCGGGCUUUCAAAGUGAAGAGGGCAUUGGGCGACUGCGACGAGUUCUGACAGCGUAUAGCUGGACGAAUGCAGAGAUUGGCUAUUGUCAAGCGAUGAACAUUGUCGUCGCCGCACUGUUGAUAUAUAUGUCCGAGGCCCAGGCCUUUUUCCUGCUCUCUGUACUCUGUGAUCGCCUUCUCCCUGGCUACUACUCCACCACCAUGUACGGAACCCUUCUUGACCAAAAGGUCUUUGAGUCCCUGGUGGAAAAGACCAUGCCCAUCCUCUGGGAACACCUUGCCAAAUCCGAUGUACAGCUCUCCGUCGUCUCCCUCCCUUGGUUCCUUUCCCUGUAUAUCAACUCGAUGCCCCUCGUCUUUGCCUUCCGUGUCUUGGAUGUUUUCUUCUUGGAAGGCCCCAAGGUUUUGUUCCAGAUCGGCCUGGCUAUUCUUCGCAUCAACGGCGAAGAGCUUCUUGACAUCCAGGACGACGGAUCAUUCAUCUCCGUCCUGAAGUCAUACUUCUCUCGCCUGGAUGAAUCCGCUCACCCCAGAUCGGAGAACCCCAAGCUGCGCGCUAUCACCAGAUUCCAGGAGCUGAUGGUCGUGGCUUUCAAGGAGUUCUCUGGCAUCACGCACAGCACCAUCAUCGAGCAGCGCGAGAGGCACAAGGAUGCUGUCCUGGAGAACAUUGAAAGCUUUGCCAAGCGCACUUCCAUCCGCAAUCUCGGCCCUGAGAGCAAGCGUCUCAGCGUGGAUGACCUGGGCAUGAUUUAUGACCGCUUCUACGAGACACUAUACCAAUGGCAACAGCAUCAGAUGCUCGUUGAGGAAGAGAGGCAACGUCAUGAAAAGAAGAAAACCGAACGUCAAUCCAUCCUCGGACCGCCUGUGGACCGGGAAGUCGGCCGUGUCGGUCUUGGACCCAGCCCUACUCACAUGGAUUAUGAUGCCUUCCGAGAGUUCUUGGCUGCGACGUCUAAAUGGGCUGUUUCUGACUCUCCUGCCCCCGCCAGAAAAGACCCGGCCGCUUCCGGCUACAGCAGCUUCAGGGGCAAUGGCAAGUCACUCCUGUGGGCCAACCGACGCCAACCGGCCGAUCAUGAGUUCAUGCAACGCCUGUACCGCAAGUGGGCUUGUGACCCCGAAGAGGGCUUAAAUCUGCAGAAUGUGGUGAAUGGCCUGGCGCGCCUCAAGGGAUCGCCGGAUAUCAUGAACAACAUCUCCUACUUUUUCGACCUCUAUGAUGACAGUGGGAAUGGUCAAGUUGACCGGGAAGGGAUUCUCAAAAUCUCUGAGGCGCUGCUUUUCCUCUCUCGCCGUGGAUUCGAAGGAACUAUCACUGCUACUCAGUCCGUGGAGGACCUGAGCAACCCCCGGAAUCGUGAUCAUGCCGAGCAGAACCGACUCACCACCGAUGAGAGAUUCCUAGGUAGUGUCAGCGCGUUCAUUCGUCGCUGCUUCGAGUACGCCGAUCCUAGCCAUCCCGAGAAUCAGAGCGCUACCACCAAAGACGGUCCCACAGAAGCAGCGGAGAAGCUCGGUUCCUUCGCCAUCGGCGAUGACGAAGAGGACCUGAUCGACGUUGAAGGCGAAUCCGAGCCCGGAACAUCGCCAACAGGAGAGACGUCGCCCAAGGAAUCGAACGAGCAGCAUCGACCCAGGUCCGAGUCCGCCAACCAAGCUCUAGACCCCAACAACCCACUGCACAUCACCCUUCCUACCUUCCGAAUGGUCGUCCUGGCCGACGAGCUCUUGGAACAGUUUUUCGAGUCGUACUUCCCCCAAUCAUUCCAUCUCUCCGACCACCCCCACCCCGCUGCCCUCGCCGCAUCCUCAUCCCUUUCCUCCCAUCUCACUACCUUCUCCAACAUCGGCAGCGCCCGCCCCUCCGUUUCUACCGUCGCAGGUGCAUCCGUCGCCGGCGCCUCCGGCGGCAUCGUUCCUCCCGGCAAGGGCCUACGCGGCGUCCUCGAUAACAUCGUCACCGACGGCAUCCGAAUGGCCGCCGAAGUCAAGAAGCGCAUGGACGACGCCCAACGCGACCUCGAGCGCAACGCUCUGGGCGGCCGCGACGAAGACGAUGAUGAAGAUGACGAGGACGACUACCCCUCCCGUCAAGGCAGUGCCUCUACGGCCGCUAUGGCGGGCGGUAUCUCCAGCUGGGGCGCCGGCGCGUACGGCGCGGACCCGGAGCGCCGCAGCGUCCGCGAGGCUGACCGCGACCUUUUGGAAGGCGCCGAGGCCGAGGACAUCAGUAUUCGCCCCAAAGAAGAGGCAUCCAGCCAGGCCAGCAGCCAUGCGGCGAGAUUACCUACAUUAGCAUCUGACACCGAGGUUGUAAGCAAGGUUGUCGAGUUUGAAUCAAAAUGA